AGGGAUCAUCUUGACCAGCCGUGACCGUUGAAAGGAGGGACUUAUCCACAAAAACCAUUCUAGAUGCCCUUUGUAUAACCCUCAGCAGUAUCAUGGAGAACUUCUGGCUGGCAGUGCUGGCAGUAAUUGCAUUGACUGGAGUCGGUCUUACUUUGGAACGUGUCUACGGCAAGGCCAUCUUGACCAGCGUGCGCCUCCGAGGACGCAGGGUCGCCACUGCUGGAACACCGCCGCGAUCUAUCUCGCCAGACAAAAAGGCCACUGCGAGGCCUUCUCCCCCCGCAAGCUAUGCCCAAGCUCUCCCCCCUCAACGACGACAGUUCUUGUCAACUACUCGAGGAGUCUCGCAGCGGGAUGUCGAUGAAGACGAGAUCAAGAAAUUCGUGCUCCCUAUGACAGCAGAUUACCGAACAAGUCCUGGACGAAGAUAUACCCCAACAGGAAUUUCGGUGGAAGAGAUCAAAGCAUUGGGUGACUUUCCAAAUUACGCAGAGCUGAGUGGUGUGCCUUUGCCUCAGCCUUAUUUGGAGUUCAACAUAGACAAGGCGUUACCAAGACCCUACCGCCCAUUUAGAUGGGCCUACCAUCAAACUAUGUCGCUCACCAAGAUGGAAACAGAUUGGUGGAUUGAGCUCGAGAAUACAUAUAGAGAGCGGAUCGCCCAACGCAAGGAAAUCUACGCCAAAUAUGGAACAGACGUGAUGAGAUAUCUGCCUGGCUCUGAACUGGCGUGCAAGGAGCUCAUGGAGAUGGUUCUGCAAUUCAUAUGCGCUCGAUAUCCCCAAUACUUUUCCAUCGUGGACAACAGGAUCCUCCAAAACCGCAUUCUCGGUACCGAGCAGAAUAUCAGGGCCAAACAUCCUUUGGAGAUUCUCAUCGACAAUGUUCCGGAAGACUUUGCGAUAAUGCUGCGGGAUGAUGAGACUGGCUACUACUUCUUCCGGGCUGGAGUGAUCUGCUCUGCUUUGGGAUGGAACGUGGCCUCAAAGAUUGGCCUCCAGCUCCACCAAAUCCAUGAGACCAUUCCGGACUAUAAAGAGAAGAUGCAAUUCUCUAUGGACCGUUUUUUUACCAAGAUGCCGUGUGACAAGCCGAUCCAGCGCGCCUCUUGGGGCCUAGAGAUCGGCAAGCCACUCUAUGUGCCUAAAGGCGAUCCGCACGAGCUUCAUCGGCUAUCGCAGAAUCCGGACCUCCGUCUUGAUGACUGCCACCUGCGCGUUGACUGGCAGACUCUGCGCCGGCUCCCGCUGUCAGCUGGGGUGGUCUUCAACUUCAAAGCACUCUUUACCCCUGUCUCGGAAUUCCGCGACGAGCCGUGCGUGCCUGCCUUGAUCACCAAGCUCCUGAAAGAGGGAAAGAAGAAUUUGAUGGAUUACAAGAGUACAUGGCACGUCGAGCAUGUUGUGCUCCCCAAGCUUGAGGAAUGGGCAAAGGAGCAAGAAGACAAGGGAUUAGUUGUGAAGAACUGGGAAGUCUCAACGCUAGAGGAAAGCCCGUGGUUCAAGGGCUGGGAACAGAAAUGGCAUCGUCAGCAGGGAUUCUAAUCUUCACAGGUUCUUUGGGAUUUCCCUUUGUUUUC